AUGCCCAAGCUUCGCUCAGGUCCUCGCAGACACCUCGGACCCAUGGAGGUGCCCAACGCCAAGCUCCACAGGGCCUGCUGCCUCCUGGUCCUGGCCCUGCUCUGCUCCCUGGCUGCGGCCCGGCAGAGCGUGCCCACGUGCUGCCGCCAGAAGACCUGCCCCUGCCGUGUCUACGACCUGCUGCACGGCUUGGGCAACCACGCCGCCGGCAUCCUCACGCUGGGCAAGAGGAAGAGCGGCUCGCGGGCCUUCCAGAGCCAGCUCUACCGCCUCCUGCACGGCUCGGGCAAGCACGCCGCCGGCAUCCUCACCAUGGGCAAGCGGGCGGAGCUGGCGCCAGAGCAGCCAGCCUCGGCCUGCCGGGCCGUCUCCCCCCGCCCCCCCAGCACGGACGCCCUGCUGCCCCCAGCCAUGUGUGCGGCCAACACCGCCCCCGCCAGCACCAGGGAGUGCCGGGGCUUGCUGGACAAGGACUCUGCCAAGGGCCAGAGCGGGGCGGCUGCAAAGAGCUUUUCCUGA